GCCUCUUCCAAGUUCCGGCCUUUAUAAUCCAAGUUCCGGUCUCUUCAAAGUUCCGGCCUCUUCCAAGUUCCGGCCUUUAUAAUACAAGUUACGACCUCUACCAAGUUCCGGCCUUUAUAAUCCCACUUCCGGCCCCUAUUGACGACUUCAACUAUUCCGAAAUGUCAGGGUACCAGUGGGAGUUCCUAGAUGAAAACGACUUCUGGAUCGAGUACGGAAGAGUCAGCACCGGUAAUGACGCAGCUUGUAGAGUGAAUAUCUCUUCAGGCACCUUAGAGUUACAGUUUGCUAAAUAUCCUAAUUCAAAAAUCCAAUUCUGGAGUCAAAAACAUAUUUACACUCUUGAUUUCACCACGAUGAAACAGACUAACUUGCUAACCCGAGUCACCAGGGACGUCCGACGAGUGAGAGAUCCUUUCCGUUGUGAUGAGCAUAUCCAUGAAAAUAGGUCUAAUGAAGUUAUGAUAAUUACAAACCUGAGUUAUCAAAAGUUAUUACUAAUCCCUAAUGGACCAAUGUGUUCUACGGUGCCCAUUGCACCAGGACAUGCUGAGUACUCCAGAGUUGUAGGACUGCUGCUCUGCUCAUUAAGCUGCUACCCCAGGAGCAUCUUUAAAAUCAACAACCCUUACUUAAUAAAUGCCUUUGAAAACAAGAGAGCUCAACUUCAGAAUCAAAAUUCAAAUGUUCAGUACGAGGUGAAAUGCCUCUUCCAUGGCACAAGCUCCAGCAACGUCACAUCCAUAGCCGAAGAAAACAUCGACUGGCGACUGCAUGGAACCAAGAUCGGACAACUAUACGGAAGAGGAGCUUAUUUCGCAUCCAAUGCAUGUAACUCUCGCCUCUACGGAGAUGCCAUUUUCAUCUGCCACGUCCUAGUUGGUCUCACGGCCACCGGUAGCCCUGAUACCAUCAAGCCUCCCAAAGACAGAUUCAACCGCACCAUUGACACCACGGUUGACAACACCGCCAACCCAACCGUGUUCGUCAAGUAUGAUUCUCAGGAGUACUACCCGGUGUACUACGCCUUGUUUUGAAGUGUACAGUACAGUACUACCCGGUGUACUACGCCUUGUUUUGAAGUGUACAGUACAGUACUACCCGGUGUACUACGCCUUGUUUUGAAGUGUACAGUACUGUACUACCCGGUGUACUACGCCUUGUUUUGAAUGUCGCGCCUCGAUUGAUACGUUUACUUCUGUAGCAAUCUAGUCGCCUAGUCAUGGGUACGAAGACAA